AUGUUCCUGGGUCUGCAGCCAGUCUCACUCAGUUUCAUCCCGCGCGAGGGCGAGUACGAUGUGAUCUGCCACCAUUGUUCCAGCAGCGUCGAUUCGUUGCAUCAAAGUAUUUCUGAACGGAAUGAGGAUUUCCAGUCGCCUCAGUCUCCUCCAAGCCGGAUCAAAAGCUGCCCUGGUGCUUUUUUCUCUCCAGCGCCAGACCAUGAUGCUUCACCUGCUGUUCAAUCAAUCAAUGUUUUGAGCGAGCCUCCUUUGCAAUCAGCGCGUCAAAACCCUCUUGUCGGCAUGUGCAUGGUUCAAUUGCCGACACUAUCUGCCAAUAUUAUGCCGUCGGUCAUGCCAACGCCUGCAGCUCUAGAAAAAGCCCUGGACAUCGCAAGCACAUGUUCCUAUUUGGGCUCUGAUAUAACCCGAGUGUCGAAAAUAUUCACAGAAAAUCACCGCAGAACUCAGAAGUCGUCCGGCUCAGACGCCGAUUCAGAGCGAUCAGUCCAGUCACCCUGCAAGACGCCUGUCCCAAAUCCAGCCAAAAGAGUUGACACCCCAGAUCCCAGAGUGGAACACAUUUCCAGCCCAAACUCUCGGACCGGCUUUGACCCUGCUGCAGAGUUGGCAUCGUCCCUCCUGGAAUCCUUCCCAAAGGAGGGUCUUCCUGAUUCAGCGACCAUUUUGAGUGCGAGCCUUGCUUCUACCAGAUCUCUCACUGCGGCGGUUCAGAGACUCGAGCAGCUGAUAGCUGAACGGAAUAUCCAUCGACGUCCCGACUUCAACCUCAGAAGUCUUCAUCGAACUGGCUUUAAGUCGGAUGGUCCCUUACUUUCGAAGACAACCAAAGUUCAUUCAGCUUCUCCAAAGCGUGUUCGUGCCCGCCACUGCCGUCGUCGUGCAGAUAGACCUUCCAAAACCAAAUCGGAAGCACUCAAGACGAGUGAGGGGCCCAAACCUGAGCAACAAAACUCCGCUACAAAGAGACGCGACCGCCGGGAAAAGUUGAAACGAAGCAAGGAGGAUACUGGUGCCCCAAGUCGCUUCGGUCAAACGAUGGGGAUGCAGAAUGUACAUCUUCAACCGCCCUCGUCGCUGAGGCGUUGA